ACUUGACCUAAGGCCCGCGUUCGAUCGACCUUAAACGGUUAAACCCUUAAACCUCACAAAGAGGCAGCGAAAACCAAAACCCGCCAUAGCAGCUUAGCAGCGAUGGUGAAGGCGUACUUUCGGUACGAGCCGGCGGCGGCCUUCGGAGUCAUCGUAUCCGGCGAGGCCAACAUAGUGUACGACAGCUCCGGGAAGCACCUGCUGGCUCCGGCGCUGGAGAAGGUGGGCGUGUGGCACGUGCGGCAGGGCCUCUGCACCAAAACCCUAGCCCCUUCGCCCGCCUCUCGUGGUCCUUCUCUCGCCGUCACCUCCAUUGCCUCUUCGCCUUCUUCUUCUCUGAUUGCAAGUGGAUAUGCAGAUGGCAGCAUAAGAAUUUGGGAUAGCGACAAAGGAACUUGUGAGACCACAUUGAAUGGACAUAAGGGGGCUGUCACUGUGCUUCGAUACAAUAAGCUUGGAUCGUUGCUUGCAUCUGGAAGCAAGGAUAACGAUAUAAUAUUAUGGGAUGUGGUUGGUGAGACUGGCCUGUAUCGGCUUCGCGGGCAUCGUGACCAGGUAACUGAUCUUGUUUUCUUAGAUUCUGGUAAAAAACUUGUUAGUUCCUCCAAAGACAAGUUCUUGAGAGUGUGGGAUCUUGAAAUACAGCACUGUAUGCAAAUAGUAAGUGGUCAUCACAGUGAAAUAUGGUCCAUAGACGUUGACCCAGAGGAAAGAUUUCUGGCCAGUGGGUCUGCAGAUGUGGAACUUCGAUUUUACACAAUUAAGCAUGACUUGGUGGAUGGACAAUCUUUAGCUACUACAAAGGGAACUGAAGUUGUGAACAAUGGAGAUUCAUCUACUCAAAAUAAAUGGGAUAUUUUGAAGCCAUUUGGAGAAAUUCAGCGACAAAACAAAGAUAGGGUCUCUACUGUGAGAUUCAACAAAUCAGGAAAUUUGCUUGCUUGCCAAGUUGCAGGAAAGACAGUAGAGAUAUUCAACAUACUGGAUGAGGCUAAAGCAAAGCGUAAAGCGAAACGUAGGCUUCAUCGGAAGAAAGUAAAAGAAUCUGCAAAAGGGGCAGUUGGGGUUAUGGAAAGUGGUGAUACAAAUCAUGGCACUGGAGAGGAAGGAAAUGCUCCCUUGAUUACUGCCGCUGAUGUUUUUAAGCUUCUUCAUACUGUUCGAGCUAGCAAAAAAAUUUGCUCCAUUUCUUUCUGUCCAGUUACUCCAAAGAAUUUACUGGCUACUUUAGCAGUGUCUUUGAACGACAAUCUAUUGGAAUUUUAUUCCAUUGAAGGCAGUGGCUGGUCAAAAGCACUUGCUGUGAAGCUCCAAGGACACCGUUCUGAUGUCAAAAGUGUAACACUUAGUUCAGACAACUCUUUUUUGAUGUCAACUAGUCACAAGGCAGUAAAGAUCUGGAAUCCAAGUAAUGGUGCUUGCCUCCGAACUAUUGAGUCUGGGCAUGGACUAUGUGGUUUAAUUAUUCCUCAGAACAAGUAUGCACUUGUUGGAACUGAUAAAGGAACUAUAGAAAUUAUUGACGUCGGGAGUGGAACGUGCUUUGAAGCAGUAGAAGCUCAUGGUGGUUCUAUUAGGUCAAUUGCGGCGAUUCCAAAUGAAAAUGGUUUUGUCACAGGAAGUGCGGAUCAUGAUGUUAAGUUCUGGGAAUACCAGAUUAAACAAAAAUCUGGUCAAGAUACUAAGCGCCUAACAGUUUCAAAUGUGAAGUCUAUGAAGAUGAACGAUGAUGUUUUUGUGGUUGCAGUAAGCCCUGAUGCUAAAUAUAUUGCUGUUGCACUCUUGGAUUGUACAGUAAAGGUUUUCUUUAUGGAUUCACUCAAAUUUUUUCUUUCCUUAUAUGGUCACAAGCUACCUGUACUAUGUAUGGAUAUUUCAUCUGAUGGUGAUCUGAUGGUGACUGGCUCUAUGGACAAAAAUUUGAAGAUUUGGGGUUUGGAUUUUGGUGAUUGCCAUAAGUCCAUUUUUGCUCAUGCUGAUAGUGUUAUGGCAGUACAAUUUGUACGAAAUACCCAUUACAUGUUCAGUGUGGGGAAAGAUCGCCUGGUCAAAUACUGGGAUGCUGAUAAAUUUGAGUUGCUUUUAACUCUUGAGGGACAUCAUGCGAAUGUUCAGUGUCUUGCUAUCAGCAAUCGGGGCGAUUUCAUUGUCACUGGAUCUCAUGACCGAUCCAUACGUCGUUGGGAUCGUACUGAAGAACCAUUUUUCAUUGAGGAAGAGAAAGAAAAAAGGUUGGAAGAGAUGUUCGAGUCUGACCUUGACAAUGCAUUUGAAAACAGGUAUGUGCCCAAGGAAGAAGUCCCUGAGGAGGGGGCUGUGGCCUUAGCAGGAAAGAAGACUCAGGAAACCCUUACAGCAACUGACAUAAUUAUUGAUGCACUAGACAUAGCGGAGGUAGAAAUGAAGCGUAUUGCUGAACAUGAGGAGGAGAAAGCCAGGGGAAAACUUGCGGAAUUCCAACCAAAUAUUAUUAUGCUCGGGCUCUCACCAUCUGAUUAUGUUCUCCGCGCAUUUUCUAAUGUUCGCACUAGUGAUUUGGAGCCUGCGCUGCUGGCUUUACCGUUCUCUGAUGCUUUGAAGCUUAUGUCUUACUUGAAGGAUUGGACUUCAAAUCUCGAAAAGAUUGAUCUUGUUUGCAGGGUUUCUACAGUGCUACUACAGACACAUUAUAAUCAGUUGGUAACUACACCAGCUGCUAGACCCGUGUUGACAGUUCUUAAGGACAUUCUGUAUGCAAGAGUCAAGGAAUGCAAAGAUAGACUUGGUUUCAACCUUGCAGCUAUGGAACAUCUAAAGCAACUGAAGGCUUCAAGGUCUGAUGCACUUUUUCGAGAUGCAAAGUCGAAGUUACUAGAGAUUCGUGCACAACAUUCAAAACGUUUAGAUGAAAGGUUAGAGACAAGGGAAGAAAAAGGUAAAAAGAAGAAACAGAAGAAAUGAAGUGAUAUGCAUGCUUGGACAUGAUUUUGGGGCAAGAAAAACUAUAUCAAGCGUAUCCUGAGUUGAAGUGGACAAUCGGCAGGAGGUUCUGUUUACUACAAAGUUUCAUUCCUGUCUCUUGGAGGAAUUUGAGUUUCUCAAUGAAAUGUACAACGGUCAUAAGCUGCCUUACAGCACAUUUCUGCAUGCAUUGGAUAGUACGUAUGUAUUGGUGGGGCAAUUAAAUUUUGAUCCAAAGUAUAGUAUUUAGUUAUUUAUUUGCUUUAAGCUA